GCAUAUAAAUAAUAUUUUUUAAAACCGUGGCUCCAGGACAUGAACAGUUUAAUGGAAAAUGGAUGUACUUAGUUUUGGACAAAGCUCAGUGUGUACUCUGGAUGUGUGUCGUGUGACCGUGAGUCAGAGAUGUUGACCGUCUGUGUUUAAAGACUCAGCACUUGUUUCCAGCCGCUAGAGGAACCGUGCGACUCGGCCAUGGACGUCCUGCGCUUCACCCUCACGCUGCUCCUGAUCAGCUUCUCGGCUUUUUCGGCCUACGAUGACGCCUGGUCCGUUCAGGUUUCCCCAGAGGUGCGAACCAUCGAGGGUUACCCUGCAGUGCUGCCCUGCUCCUUCACACACCCCACGCACACCCUGCACUCCUCCAUGAACGUGGUGUGGCGUCUGGGCCACGCCCGCGCCAGCACCGUGCUCUUCCGUUGCUCCAGCCUCAACGGCAGCCAGCUGUGUGAGACCGGACCGGACCAGGACCAGCGAUACCGGCUGGAGGGAAACCACCGAGAGCAUGACCUGACUCUGCGCAUCAGCAGCACCAGCCUGCAGGACAACGGGCGCUACUACUGCAGCGUCGAGCUUCCCGACCAACCGCACGCCAACUACGAGAACAAAAUGGGCACACGGCUCCGAGUGGAAGCUCCACCACGGAUCUUAAGCUUGUCUGUAGGGGGCAGCGUAGACACAAGUCUCAAAGCCCUGUGUCAGGUUCAGGGGUCUCCUCUACCUGAUGUUCAGUGGACGGGUCUAGACGAAGUUCUCGAUGCGGAUAACAAAGCCGCCCCACUCCCACAGGAAGCUCCGGAUCGCCACAGAACCACCAGCCAGCUCCUGGACAUCCAGCCGGGGGGGCAGUACACCUGCACAGCGUCCAACCCUCUCGGCAACGACCAGGCUACGGUCUACAUUCUGCCCCCGGGUCCAGAAAAGUCCAAGAACAACAGCAACAGUGAUGGUGCUCUAACCGUACCGCUGCUGCUUGGGUUAGCGCUAGCCGUUAAACUGCUUCUCUUCCUGGGAGUGCUGGGAAGUUUGUUCAUUAAAUGGCAUGUUGGGUCCAAAAGUCUGAGUCAAUCAUCUAAAUGAUGUUUCUCACUCUCAGCACGCGUUUCUUCCAAACGUGUCGUAAAUAUAGCUUUCAUGUUUAGUGAGAAACCAUUAAACCAAUCACUUGCUUGAUUAAAAAAGCUCCGCCCCUCUAGGAUUGAUUGGCAUGUGGUUUCCAUAUUGUUUACAAAUAUCAACAUGUUUUUGAUCAUUACUGUUGUGCAGAGUUUUCUGUGCUUCAGUUGUUUUUUUUUUUUGUUGUUUUUUUUUACUUCAGUGAAGGACUGGAAAGUAGGCUACGUCAUAAUUAUGAUUUACACCUGAGAAUAAUUUCAUAAAAUAAUAAUAAUUUGUUUUCUUACUUGUACUAAUUAAUUUCCCACUAAUAAACUCAAACUUUUUACUCCUUAGAAUUUUUUUAUGUAGGUCUCCAAAGUGCUUGUAACAAAUCUAAAAGAUCAUGAUUGUACUAUAUUUAAAUUCUUUUAUUGAAUUUCUCAUUUUUGUUUUUCUGAUCGAUUCUCAAAUCACAGGCUAUAGAUAGAUAGAUAGAUAGAUAGAAGUUUAUUGUAUAAUCUACACUGUAUAUACAGUUAAUAACUAAAUAACAAGGCUAUGGGCAAUGAAUAUGUGCAGAAGCUAUUGAGGGGGUAACAGUAUGUUAUAAUAGAAAAACAUAAUAAGUAUAAAAAAAAUCAUAUAAAUCACAAAAUUCACCAUGUACGCAUGUUCAUCACGCUACAAAUUCCAUACGUACGUGGUCAGGGGGCGUGGUCAUGGCAAGUUACGCAUGAUGAUUAGCAGGUCACAUGACCAUGACCUGUCUGUAGUCUGUACCUGUGGUAGGAAAUCAACAACAUCCCUGAAACCUCCCCCAAAGUGUCCAUUUCCACGUCGUCUAUAUUUUUAUUGCUCUGUGUUUUAAACUCGGUUGAUUUUUGGUUUCAGUGGGAGACGACAGAAAAGAGCGUGUGCUUCCCAGAGUGUCUUUAUACCGAAGAAACAGUGCAGAACCUCUUUUCCCACAGGAUAUAACUCCACUUUACCACCAUGUCGAUUCACAUGGGAUAUAUAUAUAUAUAUAUAUA